UAUGAUUAUAUAUUUAUAAUCGAGAGAGAUAUAGAAGGAAGGAUAUAGAAUCGCAUUCCCUAAUUGUCAUCCUAGUCGGCGGUCUGCCGAAUCAGGCAAGCUGGAAUUUUUAGGAAGUAUGAAUAUAUAUGUAUAAUCGAAAGAGAUAUGGAAGGAAGGAUAUAUAAUCUGAUUCGCAUCCACCAAUUGUCGGCGGUCUGCCGAAUUAGGCAAGCUGCCAACGGUUUUUUUUACCUAUAAACAUCGAGCGCCGCCUCGCUCUCUCUUCCUCCAAGGAGAGGAACGCUCGCGAUUGGAGAGGCGAAGGAAGGGACCCUAGCGAGAGUCGUUCUGGUUCGCUGCUUAAUUAUGGCUUCCAAGAGGAUACAGAAGGAGUUAAAGGACUUGGAGAUGGACCCGCCCCUGUCAUGCAGUGCAGGUCCUGUUGGUGAGGACAUGUCCCACUGGCAAGCCACCAUUAUGGGACCUGCUGAUAGCCCAUUUGCAGGCGGUGUAUUUUUAGUGAGUAUUCACUUUCCACCAGAUUAUCCCUUCAAGCCACCAAAGAUGAAAUUUCUAACACAAGUCUAUCACCCAAAUAUCAACAGUAACGGCAGCAUCUGCCUUGACAUUCUGAAGGAGGAAUGGAGUCCUGCUUUGACAAUAUCUAAGGUGUUGUUAUCGUUGUGCUCACUCCUCACUGAUCCCAACCCUGAUGAUCCUUUGGUUCUUGAGAUCGCUCAAGUUUACAAGACUGAUCGAGUCAAGUAUGAGACCACUGCCAGGUCAUGGACUCGGAAAUAUGCCAUGGGUUAAAUAUUCGCGUGAUGUAAACCAAUCACUUAUGUUUUUAUUUCAUUAAGUAGGGUUGGUUAUAUAGCAUCACUUAUGCAAUUGAACUUUCCCUACUAUAUUAUUUACAUUUAAAUAAUUUUUAUCAUAUUCUAUCAUUGUCAA